UGAACACACAAAUUUAUAGUGAAACAACAGAGAGAACGGAAAAUGGAAAGUGCUGAGAUACCCACCACGUUGCCCUUAGAAUCCAAUAACUCGCCGGUGAAGAAGAUGUGCAUCGACGACAUGUUGCAGAACUACUGCGGCGAGUUCGGACGGUGGCAGCUUAAGCACUUCGUCCUCACAAGCCUCGCUUGGGUCCUCGCAGCCUUUCACUCCAUGCUCAUCAUUUUUGCCGACCGUCAACCUCUCUGGAGGUGCCUCCAUGGUUCCGCCGGUUACGGUUGCAACGCCGCCGCCGGGAGCGUCUGUGGCCUCAAACCUGGCUCGUGGGAGUGGAUCGGAGGGCGCGGCGGCUCCACCGUGUCGGAGUGGGGUUUGAUUUGCGGCGAGAAAUUUAAGGUUGGGUUGGUACAUGCUUUGUUCUUCGUCGGCUCUAUGAUCGGUGCUGGAGUAUUUGGCCACCUCUCAGACUCCUUUCUUGGAAGAAAACGCACCCUCGGAGUAGUUUGCACCCUCAACGCCAUCUUCGGUUGCUUAACACCACUAACCCAUAACUACUUCACCUACGUCCUCCUUCGACUCCUCACAGGUUUCAGCACCGGCGGCGUAGGUCUCUGCGCCUUCGUCCUCGCCACCGAACCAAUUGGCCCCAAGAAGCGUGGCACCGCAGGAAUGUCCACCUUCUACUUCUUCUCCGGAGGCAUUGCACUUCUAUCAGGAAUCGCUUACAUAUUCCAAACAUGGCGCUAUCUCUACAUAGCUUCCUCCAUCCCCUCCUUCCUUUACGUUAUCCUUGUCCUUCCCUUUUUGUCUGAAUCCCCAAGAUGGUACCUUGUUCGUGGAAGAGUAACCGAAGCCACGAAGAUCAUGUCCGCCAUUGCUUCUUACAACGGGAAGCACUUUCCCAGUGGUUUUCUCCUCGCACUUGACGAAGAAGUAGAGAAAAACAAUGAUAAUGAACGUUUAGAAAACAAAGGUGCACGUGUUGGAUCCAUCGUGGAAGUGGUUCGCUCCCCGGUGACACGUGUACGGUUGUUAAUAGCGGUUGCUCUUAACUUCUUUGGCUCUUUGGUGUACUAUGGGCUUAGCUUAAACGUGGUGAACUUAAGAAUGAACCUUUACUUAAACGUGUUGGUUAAUGCGGUGGGGGAGAUGCCGGCGUUUAUGAUAACGGCGGUGCUUUUGGAUAGAUUUGGAAGGAAACCGUUGACGGUGGCGACGAUGUGGUUUAGUGGGGUGUUUUGUUUGAUGGGGAGCUUAGUGGGUAACGUUGGGGUGUGGAAGGUUGUGAGAAUGGUGUGUGGUGUUUUGGGGAUAUUUGGGAUGGCGGGUACUUAUAAUUUAUUGUUUAUUUAUACGGCGGAGCUGUUUCCUACUGUGGUGAGGAACGCCGCGCUUGGGAGUACAACUCAGGCGGCGCAGAUGGGUGCUAUUUUGGCGCCGUUUGUUGUCGUUUUGGGUGGUUGGCUGCCGUUUGCGGUGUUUGCGGCGUGUGGGAUGAUUGGAGGGGCAUUUGCGUUUUUUCUUCCUGAGACGUUGAACCAACCUCUUUAUGAUACGUUUAGUGGAUUGGAAGGUGGAGUUGCAGGAUAA